AUGGACAGGGAGGCAGUUGCUAAGCGCCCAGGGAACGGGCCAAUGGGCUACAGCAUCCUGGAGGAGAUGCCACGGUCCCAUUUCAUCAACUCUCCUGGGCUCAUUCAAGAGGCUUCCUUCAAGGGUAUCAAACAUCUGUAUCAAACUCAACAACUCUGCGAUGUCACUUUGGUGGUCAACAAUAAAAGAUUUCCCUGUCACAGGACCCUGCUGGCCUCCAUCAGCCUCUACUUCCAGCGAAUGUUUGUCAGCACCUUCAGAGAAUCGUGGGAGGGGGAGAUCGUGCUUCUGGACCUCUCCCCCGCCUCCCUCCAGAGCCUCUUGGACUACGUCUACACAGGAGAACUGCAGCUCCAGGCGGAGGAGGCGGAGGAGCUGUUUGCCACCGCCAGCAGACUCCAAAUCGCUUCCGCGCUGGAGAAGCUCACCAGGUUUUUCCUGGAGAGGAUGUCUGUGGAUAAUUGCCUGGAUCUUUACACACUGGCCUAUUCCCACAACCACCAACCACUCCUCCGCCCAGCAACCCGGUACAUCUCCUCCCACUUCGAGCACCUCUCUGAGCUGCCUGCCUUCUUGCUCCUGGAAUACAGCAGCCUCCUCAGCCUCAUUGCCUUGGAAAGCCUCGCAGUGCCCUCUGAGCUGGUUGUGUACAGGGCCGUGCGCCACUGGGUGGACCACAACCCCGCCGAGCGCCUCCCCAAGCUGCGAAAGCUCAUGGACCACGUCCGCCUUCCCCUCCUGGCCCCCGAGGAACUCGCCGAGGUCCGGGCUGAGACGGAGGAGUUUUACGAGCUCGUGCGCCUGCCCUGGGAGGAGCUCAACUUGGAAGAACGCCUGUGGUCCAGUCGAGGACUGAGGCAGGGCAUGUAUCGCGAAGGGGUGGCGUGCGUAGGGCUCCCGAAAUGGAGCGAGGUGAGCCUGGGCGAAGACGAGCUGGACUCCCGCGUCCAUUUCUUUGACUGCUGCACAGAGGAGUGGGAGCAGCUCCCCGACCUGAAAGCGCUCACCUCCCCGAGCUGCGCCACCCUGGGACACAAGCUCUACGUCUCUGGGGGGCAGCACUUGGACGGCUCCUACUCGGAUAACCUGCUUGUUUAUGACACGCUCGGGGGAUUCUGGUCCCAGCUGCCCCCCAUGUCCACGCCCCGGGCCUGGCACGCUUUCCUCCUGUGCAAGAAGAAGCUGUACGUGGCCGGGGGCUGGGAUGCCACGGGGGCCCUCGUGGGCGCAGAGAGCUAUGACCUGGAGCGAGAGGAGUGGGCCGCCAUCCCCAGCCUCCCUUUCGCCUUGACCUAUUUCACGUCCGCAGCGCUCCGGGGCAAACUGUACCUCAUCGGUGGGGAGAAGGGCGUCUCCGACCUCCCAGUCCCCCACCAGGGCGUUCUGGUCUAUGACGUCGUCUCCGAGGUUUGGUCCCAGGUCCCGGCGGCGCUGGAAUUCUGCGAGGCCAGUGCUGCCACGCUGGGCAACUGCAUCUUUGCGGUCGGCGGGCUCACCUGGGACUGCGCCCGCGGCACCCGCCAGUUCACCCAGCGCUGCAUCUGUCUGCUCGGGGACGGCAAGCUGGACCAGAGCAACCCCAUCCCGCCACUCCCCAUCGCGAUCUCGUACCCAGGGGUCGCCCGCUGCGGGAAGAGAAUCUACAUCUUUGGGGGCGACAGCAUGGACCGCUAUUCCAGCGCCAUCCAUUACUGGGAGCCCGGCCAGCCCAGCUGGACCCAGUGUUCCACCAGUUUACCGGACCCCAAUUAUGGGGCAUUUGGCUUUGGCUGUGUGCCGCUCAAGGUGCCCAGGAAAAACAUCCUUGCAAUCUUUCAUGGGGGAGCCGCGCCUGCUGCAGCGCAGGAGGCCAGGCACAAGAGGAAGUCCCCGGACGCCAGAGGGGAGGGCUCCCGUGAACGCCACCCCAGCCCGGCCCACGCAGCUGAAAGGUGCCACGUUUUCUGCAAGCUGGAGACCGACUCGCCCACUGCCCUGCCUUCCGCCUCAGCCAAACUGGCCGCCGACAUUCCACAGCUGCCAUUCAGCCCUCAGAAGGGCCGCACACGUUCUCCGACACUGCAGAAUCCCAGCCAAGGGCAAAUGGGGUGA